CACUCAAGAAUAUGGCUAUCCAGCACCGCCUACUUCUCUUCCUUGCUUUGGCAGCAAAUGCACAUGCAGCCUUGUCUGGAGACGAAAUCAUCAAUGGGAAGAAAGCUGCAGAUGGCUCCUUGGAAUACAUGGUAUCGGUGCAGAUUAAUGGCACCCAUAAGUGUGGAGGAUUCCUCAUUGACCCCAACUUUGUUCUUACGGCUGCACACUGUGACAACAGCGGUGAGAUGACUGUUGUCCUUGGCACACACGGCAUUAAGGGAAAAGUUAAAAAACGCAAAGUGGACAGCAAGAUUAAGCAUGGAUCGUACAAAAGCUCAUUGACUGGAAAUGACAUAAUGCUAUUAAAGCUAUUCAAACAGGUGAAAUUAGGUAAAGGGGUGAAAGUAGUUAAUAUUCCAAGAGACGACACACCAGUUAAGCAACCCACAAAGUGCUCAGUUGCUGGUUGGGGUUCCACUGAGAACAGGAACAAGAAGGCAUCAGAUGAUCUGCAGGUUGUAAACGUCAAGACCAUUGACACAGAAGAAUGCAAAAACGUGUGGAAGGAAGCACGGGUGACUCUGCCAGACAAGGUCAUGUGUGCCGGAGGUUAUGAAACCAAGAAAGGGGCCUGCCAGGGUGAUUCAGGGGGACCACUGGUGUGCAACAAUGUGGCAGUUGGCAUUGUUUCAUUCAACCUAAGGCAAGACUGUAACUAUCCUAAUGUUCCAAAUGUCUACACACAGAUCUCAAAAUUCUUGCCUUGGAUUAGCGAAACCAUUAAAGUCCAUUCUUGA